CCGGAAGACGACGGCGGCCCGCGGCCGGAAGUGGAGGCGCGAGGCGAAGGAGGAAGUGUCGGAGCGGGCGGCGCCGCCAUCUUGGGAGCGCGCGAGAGCCGCCGGUGCCGCCGCGAGCCUGAGGCGGGCGCGACCGAGCCGGGGGCAGCGGCGGGGCGGCGGCGGGGGACCGGGAGCCGGAGUGGGGCCGGGCGGCGCGUGACGGCCCCGCGCAGCGCCGCAGCGGGCGGCGGCAGGAGGCCCCGGGGGCCCGGCGGGAGCCCGGCCGGCCCCGGGGCUGGUGGCGGCGGGGCGCGGCGAGGCCGUCGUCGCCUCGGCCCGGCAGGGGAGGCCUGAACCGCCCCGGCGGGGCCGGAACCCCCCGCCCGGGGCCGGACCCCCCCCCGCCCCCGCCGGGCUCGCCAUGGCCACCAACAUCGGCGACCAGCGGGCCCCGGAGUGGGCGCCGCAGUACAGCCUGGGGGGCGGCGGCGGCGCCCGGGAGAACGGCCUGGAGGCCCCCCCCCACGAGAACCCCGAGUGGGAGAAGGCCCGGCAGGCCCUGGCCAGCAUCAGCAAGGGAGCCGCCGCCUCCGCCAAGAGCGCCGGCAGCGCCCCCCCGUACGCCCCGCAGCCCGGCGACCCCGGCGCCCUGCCGCCGCAGCAGUACUACCAGUGGUACCAGCCCUACGGCUACAGCUACCCCUACGGCUACUACUACCCCAUGAACGUCUACUCGGGCUACAACUCGCCGGGGCAGUACGGCGUGGCCGGCGGCUACUCGUCCUCGGCCCCCCAGCAGCCGCCGGCGCCCGGGCAGCAGAGCAGCCUCAGCCAGCAGCCGCCGGUGCCCGGCCUGGAUGAGGCCCUGCCCUACCCCAGCCCCCAGCCCCAGCUGCCCCCCGCCGCCCCGCCGCAGCCCCCCCCGCCCCACGGCGGCCACCCCCCCGCGCCGGGGGCCCCGGCCGGCCCGCUGCCGCCGCCCACGGGGGGGGCCGGGGGGGCUGGGGCCGCCUACGCCCCCCACACCUACGCCGAGGGGCCCAGCCCCAAGCCCAAGAAGGGGCAGCAGCUCUGGAACCGCAUGAAACAAGCCCCCGGCGCCGGCGGCCUCAAGUUCAGCCUCCCGAAACGGCCGUUCGUGCUGACGAGCCAGAGCUUCGGCGGCGCUGAGCAGCACGGCGCCUUCGGCCCGCAGCCGGGCACCGAGAAGCACCACGCGCACGGCUCGGCGGGGAAGCCGGAGGACUGGCCGCAGGACAUGAAGGAGUACGUGCAGCGCUGCUUCACCGCCUGCGAGUCGGAGGAGGACAAGGACCGCACCGAGAAGCUGCUCAAGGAGGUGCUGCAGGCGCGGCUGCAGGACGGCACCGCCUACACCAUCGACUGGAGCCGCGAGCCGCUGCCGGGGCUGGGCCGCGACGGCGUCGCCGAGAGCCCCAAGAAGAAGCGGUGGGAGGCGGCAGCGCUGCGCCCGGCCCCGGCCCCCCCCGGCCUGCCCCAGCCCCCGGCCCAGCCCCAGCGCGGCGGGGGGGGCGGCGGCACCGGCGGGGGGGCGGCGCCGGGCCCCCAGCCCCAGCGCGGCGCCGGCCGGGCCCGCGGCAACGGCUUCCCCACCAAGUUCGGCAACCGCAACGUCUUCAUGAAGGAGAACAGCUCGUCCUCCAGCGCUGGCUCCCGCUCCCGCUCCCGCUCCUCCUCCCGCUCGCCCGGGCGGCACUUCCGCCGCAGCGACUCCCACUCGGACUCGGAGAGUUCCUUCUCCGGCGGCGAGGCCCGCCUGGGCCCCCGCCGGGCCGCCCAGAAGAACCGGGGCCGCGGGGGCCACGUGGAGCGCGGCCGCAUGCGGAUGCAGCGCGGCAAGAGGCACGACCAGGGCCCCUCGAAGCGCAACCGCAAGCGCAACGCCAUGGACUACGAGGACCCCGAGAAGGAGUUCAAGAAGCAGCGGCGGGCGGCGCGCUUCCAGCACGGCCACGCCAAGAAGCUGCGGCCGGAGCCGCUGGUGCUGCCGCUCGCCGGCGCCGACGCCGCCGCCUCCGAGGGCCUCGACUGGAACGAGCUGCAGAUCCUGGGCACCUGCCAGGACGUCACCAAGCACUACCUGCGCCUCACCUGCGCCCCCGACCCCUCCACCGUGCGCCCCGUGCCGGUGCUGCGGAAGUCGCUGUGCAUGGUGAAGUCGCACUGGAAGGAGAAGCAGGACUACGCCUUCGCCUGCGAGCAGAUGAAGUCCAUCCGGCAGGACCUCACGGUGCAGGGCGUCCGCACGGAGUUCACGGUGGAGGUGUACGAGACGCACGCCCGCAUCGCGCUGGAGAAGGGGGACCACGAGGAGUUCAACCAGUGCCAGACGCAGCUCAAGUCGCUCUACGCCGAGAACCUGCCGGGCAACGUGGGCGAGUUCACUGCCUACCGCAUCCUCUACUACAUGUUCACCAAGAACUCGGGCGACAUCACCACGGAGCUGGCGUACCUGACGAAGGAGCUGAAGGCGGACCCGUGCGUGGCGCACGCCCUGGCGCUGCGGGCGGCCUGGGCCCUCUCCAACUACCACCGCUUCUUCCGCCUCUACCGCCAGGCGCCCGCCAUGUCCGGCUACCUCAUCGACAAGUUCGCCGAGCGGGAGCGCAGGGCCGCCCUCAGGGCCAUGAUCAAAACUUUCCGCCCGGGGCUCCCAACCUCCUUCGUCCGGGCAGAGCUGGCCUUUGAGUCCGAGCAGAGCUGUCGGCUUUUCCUGGCCGCUCUCCCGCUCUCUUACACGGGGCCCGACGCCACCAAGAUUGACUGCAAGCAGAGCUUAGCGGUCUUGGCCACCUUCUAAGCGCCCGCCCGGCCGCCCCCCCGCCCCCCCCGGGGCGCCGCACAGCCCCCCCGUCGGCCCGGCCGCGCCGCAGCCCCCCGGGCCGCCCUAACCCUUCUCUUUCCGUCUCUUUCUCCCGUCAGGAUCCGGCCUCGGCCGCGCCCGGAGCUGCCGGGAUUCGGGGGGGGGGGGUCGGGAUCGGGGCGGGGGGGCACCGCCGUCGCCCCGGCCCCGCCGUUCGGCCCGUCGCGGGGGGGGGGACGGGGGGGGGGCGCCGCAGCCGUUCGCCGACGCCGUUCGCCGACCGACCGCCCGCCGGCGGGGGGGGACGAGCCCGGGGGGGGGCCGCCUGCCCCCCCCCGGCGCCCACUAACCCUUGUCUCAGUUUCUCUCUCUCUCCUUCCUGCUGCCGAGGUGGCGCCAGGCCCCGACCGCCGGCCCAGCCCCCCCGGACGCCGCCCGCCCCCCCGCGGCCCCCGACUCGCCGCGCUCAGCCUGCGCCAGCGGCCGCGCCGCCCCCGCCACCGCCUCUAUCUCUCUCUUUGUUUUGACGCUCAAAUUUUAUUUUUUUGGUUCGUAUUUAAUUUAUUUCCCCCCCCUCCCUCCCCCCUCCCGUCUGCACCGCUUCCUCCUCCCUCCGGUUUCUUUGCAGGUAAAAAAAAAACGACACGUUUUUCUUCCCCCCCCUCGCCGACCCCCCCUCCUCCUCCCCCCUUUUGGUUUCUUUCCCUGGUUCCCCCCCCCCGGACGGGGCCGUGCUGUAUCGCCCGGCCUGGCCCCCGCCGGGCCAGGCCCCGCCUCGCUCCCCGGCCGCCGCAGCCGCGGCUUUUUAACUGAUUCCCCCCUUUUUUUGAACAGAAAAAAGAGGAAAAAAAAAAAAAAGAAAAAAAAAAACGAUGAUAAUAAACCAAAAACAACGA